CCCAGCCUACUCAUUUCCCAUUGCGAGAGAAAAGAAAUCGUAUCGUUACCGGAUAAAGUAACCGGACGUGUUGGCGACGGCCGGAACGCCUGCAAGGCAAGGCUGCAACGGACGAAAUGCCGGCGCCGGCGCCGCCGCUCCCUUCCCUCCCGAAGCCGCAACCCAUCCUCCACGUAGCCAAAGCCCUGGUCCUAUCCCCUCGGCAGGCGCAACCCCAGGCCCGAGGGCGAGGCCGACCCCAGCCGGUCAUGUGUGCCAGCUCCAAGCGCCUCGACGACGCGCUCUCCGCCGGCUUCGUCCGCCUCCUCAACGCCGGCCACGUCCAGGAUGCGGACUCUGCUAGCGGAACCGACCGGCGCUACGACCCCAAGCCGGGCGACUUCGCGGUCGGGGUCGUGGUCUCCGGCACCGAGGCGCGCCUCGACGUCGCGGUCGGCGCCGACCGUCUCGCCACGCUGCUCGCCAAGGAGCUUCUCCCGCUCGACCGCGACAGUGCUGACUCGCCGACGCGACAAGCUCUGCCUGGGCCGGGGAGCAUCGGCGUCGUGGCGGGCCUCACCGUGGACGACGACAAGGAGGCCCGGAGGCAGAAGCGCGGGAGCAGGACGCUGGUGGCGCCCGGGACGGUCGUAUUCGCGGAGGUGCUUGGACGGACGCUUAGCGGGCGGCCACUGCUGUCGGCGCGGCGGCUCUUCCGGCGCCUCGCGUGGCACCGCGCCAGGCAGAUUCUGCAACUUGACGAGCCAAUUCAGGUAAAAAUUUACGAGUGGAACACCGGGGGGCUACUCACAAGAAUUGAGGGUCUGAGAGCAUUCCUUCCUAAAUUUGAGCUUGUGGACAGGAUAAGUUCAUUUACAGACUUGAAAAACAAGGUCGGUUGCAGCAUUCGUGUGUGCAUUGCAAGGCUCGAUGAAGAAACUAACGACCUGAUAAUUAGUGAAAAGAAAGCAUGGGAAAUGACUUAUCUUAAAGAAGGAACCCUCCUACAAGGGACUGUUCGCAAGAUUUUUCCGUAUGGUGCACAAGUUAGGAUUGCUGGGACAAACAGAAGUGGCUUACUUCACAUAUCGAAUAUUACUCGAGGCAAUGUUUUGUCAGUAAGUGACAUCCUGAAGAUAGAUGACGAGGUGAAAGUUAUCGUGAUCAAGUCAAAUGUCCCAGACAAAAUUGCACUGAGCACAGCAGACCUGGAGAGUGCACCUGGUUUGUUUCUUUCAGACAGAGAGAAAGUGUUCUCAGAAGCUGAGGAAAUGGCAAAGAGGUACAGGGAGCAGCUUCCAGUUAUGUCUCAGAACCCUAUAUUAGAUGAUGGCAUUCCAGGAGAAAUGCUACCAUUUGAUGACGAAGCUAAACUGUAUGCAAACUGGCAAUGGUUCAAAUUUCUGCAUCAUAACUAACCUGGUGACAACAGCAACAGAGAUCUUCCAUAGUUUUGAGGAAAUUAUGGAUCACGUCAAAGAGUAUGGCACCUAAUGUAGCAGAACACAUAUCUGGCAAUUGUUGACUAUGCAAUAAUGCAAAGCUGAACCAUCGCUAGAGGACCUGUUGAAGUCAAAUACUGACCACUGGUGGUAGCACUCCACCUCCAUAACCGAGCAUCAAUCAUGGAGAAUUAUACUGGACAGGCAACUUCAUCCGGCAACCAAAAUAAGGGAAAUGGUUCCUGGCUGCAGAACAUUGGUGUUUCGAAUUGCCUCAUUCCUAGUUCCCCCUGGAGUGAAAUGUUGUAAUAUCAUUUUAUCUGUCUGUAGAAUAUAGCUUCAUUGCAUUCAUAUUCUGUCAAACACGAGUCAGAGCACUCCGUGGCAACAACACGGAUCUGUCCAUGAAAUAGUUUCAGAAAUUUUGGCUCAAUAUGUAGUAGCACCAUGUCCCUGAAUUUUUGAGGUAUUGUGAUGGGCGCAAGGGAGUCUCUGGAUUAUUAUUAUGUACACUCUGCCGGGCUAGUUACCACUGGCAGUCGUGUUAGAGUGAGAAAUUUCAAUAUUUAACCCUGAUUUCGCGAUCGCAA